GUCUUCGGUCCGAUAAACUAUUAAGGUGUUGGUUGGGGCCAUGGAAAUUGCCAAAUUGGGGCGCGGUGCCUUUAAAAAAAACGUCUCGUUCCACACUGCGUUCCGCCACAAAAGCUUUUUGGAAGCAUCAGAAAUACCACCUCGUUCUUCAGGUACCAACUCUACCCUUCCAAUUUACUCGGAAUGCUCCCGAAUUCUCGGAAGAUCCCUGCCGUUCCUUCAACAACCCACUAUCAAACAGAUCCCACCACAGUCAUUCAAGAGGAUGCUCACCAACACCUUUUCAUCUCGAAAUCCCAAACUUCCAAUUGUUGAUGCAAAUGAAGCUCGUAGCGACACCAAGCCGUUGAGUUCUACUUCUCGGCAAGACAUGUUCCAGAUCGCAGAAAAACCAAUCCAGAGCAAUACGAAGCGAAGUUCUAGAAAUGGCGAAAAGGCGCGCAGUUCAAAUUCGACCAAUGGUUCUCCCGACAACAAUACUAAACAGCCCAGCGCGGAUCAACCUGAUUUGCGAGCAUUGGGCGUACGUGAAAAGGAUCUGAAAGCCAUCCAAGAAAGCUUGGACCGACUGUCCUCUGGAUCAGCCGCCACGAAAGCUGGAAAAACAUCUUCCGUGCACAAUACCAUUGACCCGCGCAAUACCGUCGGCUCGCAGGCCAAUGGGAAGAAAGUGUACGAAAAUAAGGCUGAACCCUCCGAGCCGCCCACCUUAGCCGACAUCGUAUUGCAAAAUACUAAAAGUCGAAAGAAUGCUAGAGUCAUUCCUGACACAGAACUAUCCAACAAAUCAACCCUACAACGAGAAGAUAUUAUGUUGGAUGGCGCCCAUAACGCCUUGAGCUCCGAAUCAUUUCAUACUAUGAAUGGUGAUGACAGUAUGGUAGAUAACGACUCAUCGUUUGCCGAGGUGACAGGAGAUUCAAUGCUGGAAUCCGACUCAGACGAUGAUUCUGACGAAGCCGAUAAUGGCGAAGAGUCCUUUGUGGAUGCCACCGGUGUUUCACAGGAGGAUAUUGAACGAGAACGAGCAGAGAGAAGAUUGACAAAGCGACUUAGUGGAGGCCAUUUCGGUAGUGCUGGUGGACUUUUAUUGAGUAUAGCUGGCCAAGCGGCGGAGGCUCAACAUCGCAACAGUAACACGCCAUCGUUUGGAUCAGUUGAAAAAGCCCUUCAAGAUUUCGACCGUCGAGGCAGUUUAAGUCUGUUGGCAGAUUUCUACGCUACUGGCGACGCUGAGAAACCUGACGUUGUCCAACGAAACAAGGCCGUGCCACCUGUUCCACCUGUCAAAGACCAAAACUCGGUAGAGUCGACUAAGGAGCCGGUGAUUGUGAUUGAAGAAAUCCCUACCCCUCGAAGCGACACCUCGGAUACAAUCUCGCUUGAAACACCCGCAGAUGAAGCACUGAAAAAAGAAGCCGAAACCGCUGCAAAAAAGCUGUGGGCUGAAGAUACUGAUUUUAUGGAAAAAGAUGUUAUGACAGAGUGGAUGGGUCAACCCAAGCCGUUGAACUCACUGGCACUAAGCUAUUACAUGAACAUGUUCGAUUUUUCUCUGCUUCGAUUGGAUUCCGCUUUCCGACGUCUUUGCAACAAAUUGUAUGUCAAGGCCGAGUCUCAACAGAUUGAUCGUAUUCUCGAAGUGUUUGCCAGACGGUAUUGGCAGUGCAAUAAGAAGAGCGUGUUUGGCAGUGCUGACGUGGUAUAUGCUGUCACUUAUUCUAUGCUACUCCUCAAUACUGAUCUGCACGUAGUUCAGGGUAGCCAUACUCGUAUGACACGAUCAGCUUUUGUUCGAAAUACUAUGUCGGCUGCUUAUGCACAAGGUCCUGGCAACGAUAGAAACCAAGAUGGCCAAGCUGGCAAGUUUCCGAAAUGGUGGGAAGCUGAGAUGGAAAUAUACCUCAGGGAACUCUACUAUUCUAUCAAACAGCGACAAAUCCUUCAACCUCGAGAACAUCAACUUGACAAUCAUCGACCUAAGAGCUUUUUGGACGCUUCAGGUGUGAUUGGGCUGAAGAAGAGUGUCGGUAACAUGGUCCGCUCUACACGCGAGAGCAUGAUCCUUACGACGGAUAUGGGCCAACCUAAUCCACGACCUAGCUUGAGCAACUUGCAGCGCCCCAUUUCACCACCCAAUAUGCGACGUAAAAUAUCUGUCACGUCCAUGUCCUCCACUGGAUCCCAUAGUUCCAAUCCACGGUCUCCUGGUCUUUCACAUCAGCCUGCAAUGAGUUUUCCCAAUAACAAUGCACCCUUCACAAGCCAACCACCUUUCUAUAAAGAAGGUAUAGUUAUGCGAAAACAUCUGUUGGAAAGCGGUGACCAAAAGGCCAAAAACAGAGACUGGAAAGAAUGCAUGAUUGUGGUGACUCGUGGUGAACUGCAAGUGUUCUCUGUGUCACCCAAUGGAGGGGAAGUGAAUCAUAGACGAAGUAUGCUGCGGGCCAGCAGUGCUAGUCUGGUCAACCUGGCCGAUUCCUUCAAGACUGGCAGCGGAAGCAAUUCGUUUACCGGUGCAACAUUGCAGCCGCAGACUCUUUCGACAAGUCCACAAUUAAUCGAAUCGGUUAGUCUAAACCAUUCAUUAUCGAAUGCUCUACCACCCCCGGGUUACAAUCGUCAUCGACCUUACGUGUUUGCGCUUCAACUACCGAACGGAGGAGUUUAUCUUUUCCAGGUGGCAGUUCAAGAGCAGGUGAAUGAAUGGGUAUCGACAUGCAACUACUGGGCUGCCAGAGGUAGUAAAGAACCCUUAAGCGGCGGCGUUAGCAACAUGGAAUAUGGCUGGGGAAUGUGUUUGGCCGACGUUAUCCUUGACCUGGAUGCAGUGGAAAACGGCGAUGACAACGUUGGAAACUCAUAUCUGAACCCAGAUCAAGUGGUUCUUUAUGAGUGGCGGCCUCCCGCGCCACCCCUAGUGUCCAGUACUCUAUCCGAUACUGAACAAUUGAACAGCUUACAAAAGCAAUUGGCGACUUUGACCGCGGACAUUAAUGCCCAUAGAGAAAUGAAGAAGAAAAUAGAAGUCAAGUUUCCUGUUCGAUCUACCAACAAUGUGAGAGCGCUGACCAACUGGGAAAACCGGUCGCGCUAUCUUCUGCAUGAGAUCAUCAAGUUACAGAAUUAUUGUGACAUACUGGAGAAAGCUAUUGCCAAAGGUGAAAAAGAAUCCAUCAAGACAACUACACCAUCGCCGUAAUACGAUUCUAUUUAAAUUCAUAUGUAUCUUAUUUUAUUGCAUCAUAACAUUUAAUAACAAAAGUGGUUGAAUUACCUGGAUGAA